AUGGUGAAAUCAUUGUCUUUGGUGUUGCUUCUCGGUGCCUUUGCUCUCACGGUUACUGAUGCCCAGAGGAUCUAUCGACGUGUCUCUUCUCCGGUCGAACCAGUAACUGUUACUGAGUACGUCAGUCUAAGUCCGGUCACGGUCACAGUCACGGAAUGCCCUUCCACAGGAAGUAUCACUGGUAGGUGUUUUUGGUCCUCCAAUUCUCAAGUAAUAAUUGGCUAAGAUAUCACUCAGCUUCUUCGGAGCCAACACCAACUUCAUCGACUGAGCUCUCCAGCUCCUCACUUGAACCUACCAUAACCUUCAUUGACGAUGUGGUCAGUGACACGAUAACCUCUUCGGACAUCACAAGCCCUGCCUCAUCGAUUGAGAUCACCUCAAGCUUUACCGAGCCUGAGACAACAACUUCCUCUUUCAAGGUCACGUCCACUUCCAUCGAAUCUGCAAGCGAGACGCUCUCCGAUUUUAUCACAUCUACAUCGUCGGUCGAAACUUCAAGCAGUGAAACAAUUACUUUGACAUCGCAACCAACUGAGUCUGCAAGUGACUACGAUGUGAUUACAUCAACGUCUUCUUUCGAUACCGCCAGUGAGACAAUCACCUCGACAUUGCAACCAACCGAGUCUGCAAGUGACUACGACGUGAUUACAUCGACGUCGUCUGCUGAAAGCACAAGCGAGACGAUCAGUUCAACUUCACCACCAACCGAAUCUGCAACUGCGACUAUAUCGACAUCACCGAAACAUCUAGCACCAGUAAAAUUUUGGAGACGAGCUCCGUGGCACCUUCUUCUAGCUCUGCAUCCUCUUUGGUUGGACCAGUCGUUUCCUCCUCUUCCGUGGUCCCAACUACGAUGAGCACUAUUUAAACAUCUUCUUCACGAUUAGCCACGAUUUCGACCAGCCCUACAAGUUCUGUGGCGCCUGCAAGUAAGUUGAACCACGUUUUCCCACGGUUAUCUUAUGCUAAUUGUGUUAGACACCGCAGCCAUCGUUAAUGGAGAUUUCAAUGGCACGCCAGGCAAACCAAACAGCAUUGCUCCUUGGACUGAAGUUCAGGGGUCCAACGCAAAUCUGAAGGUCGUACGGGCUGCUGAAGGCGCCAAUCCUGCCGCCGCCUCAGGACAUGGCCCCAAGUAUCUGUACGUAGCUAUUCCACCAUUGAACUUGAGGUAUACUAACAUAUCACCAGUCAAGAAUCAAUUCAGGACAAAGAAAAUGCUGCCUUCCAACAAACAGUCCUCGAUAUCGUCCCUAGACAGAGAUACACUCUAUCGUUGAUGGGUAAAGUCAAAGCAGAACUCCUGGCUAAGAGGAAGCAAAAUAUCUGCUACAUCUGGAUCUGCGAGAAGAACAUAUGUUCAGAACAGCAAGCUUUCAGACCUGGCGAGAAUUGGACUCCCGUUUCUUUCACCUUCAUAGCAGGAAAGAACCAGAAGAAAGCCCCUGUCACCGUCUGGACCUUCUGCCAGGGUAACAAUGCUGAUCGCAUCAACACCGUUUACAUUGAUGCCAUUUCCAUCAAACCCGUUCCCAUCAGAUUCGUUGAAAAAAGCUAAAUAGGCCUUUGAAGAAUUCAAUACCACACAACGAUGCCGUUUCCUUUGUUUUAGACUUUUCAUUCAAUACACGGGCUCGGACUGCGAGUAUAUUUACAAACUUGGCAUUCUAUACUGUACUUUUUACAGAAAUUUGAAGAUAUGGAGUUGACAAGGGUGUUUAGAAUACACUUAUAAUAGAUAGAGAGGGUUUAAUGUUAAAC